CUAACAUUUUUAUAAUAAAUAGUGUGUAUUCUUUUUAAUUGGCGCGAUAACUGCUUACGCGAUUUUGGCCGAGUUUAACAAACGCGCCAAUUGUUUCUUUCCCGUGCUAACCGACGCCAGUUGCACACACCAAGUGAAGCCAAGUUCUUCUCCACCUGAUCUUUCCAACGCAGAAGAGGCCUUCCUCUGCUACCACCAGAUGAUACUGCAUCGAAUGCUUUCAGAGCCGGAGCGCUUGUAUCUAUUCGGACUAACUUUUGUUUCACCUAGUCGCCUGCAAAUAGCCUCAUGUAAACACACUGUCAUUCUGUAUUCGUGAUAUGGCAGCACUUUAUUGAAACGUCAAAUACAGUCAUGUGUGUAUAAAAAUAUCAACAAAAAGUUGUUUUGGUUUCACACGGAUUUUUACAAUAAGAUUACUCGAAUUAAAAACAGCGCCACUGAAGUGUUUUUUCUAGUGUUUCAGUAGGUUCUACGUUACCAGAGUCACCAGAAUAUAUACAUAUAUGUAACCGGUGAAACCCGUUAACCAUGCCAACUAUGCGUCUCUGUAUUGCUGGUUGCCCAACGCUUGGUAUAACCGUACACAAGUUUCCCCCGGAAACGGAUGCAACCAGACGCGAACUGUGGCUACGGCAGUUUGGCCAAAAUCCGGCAUUGUAUUCAAAAAAAUUGGUUUUCGCUUGUCGCCGGCAUUUCAGCAACGAAAUGAAACACGGUAACAGACUGCAAAAAGAUGCCUAUCCAGAUGUAAAUUUACGCAAAUACGAUAAAAACUUGCCAUAUAUUGAAAAAUUCGGCGAAUUUGGGGAAGAACCAAAUUUACAAAUCGAAUAUGCAACCAUACCUUAUAAAAUGCCAGUGACGGCAUUUUCGGACUCCGAGGUCGUGGACAAUCUGCCUUCAAGGGCAAGCGUUGAAUCCAAUAUGAAAGAUCAAAAGCGGCAAUGCAUACUAAAAUGCACCAGUAGGCAUGUACUGCACAUAUUGCCAUCAAUGGAAAAGGAAUUAGAACGUCGUAAAAAAUGGUUAUAUUUGCUUGCCAAGGACCCUGAUUUGUAUCCACAAAAGUAUGUUUACGUUUGUGACGAUCAUUUCGACACAAACAUGAGAUGUCUGACAAAAUUAAUACGAGGAGCUUGCCCUAAUAAAAAUCUACCACCUCCGCUACAAAAAUCAAUACCAACAAAUAUGGAAGCGAAGACGGAUUGUUUUCAAAAGUGUACGGACUAUAAGAGAAAAUACCGAUUCCCCUCGUUGCAGCAUGAAGGCCAAAGACGCCAAAUUUGGUUAAGAAAAUUCGGACGUGAUCCAGCUCUUUACAAUCAUGAAAUCUACGCAUGCGAUCGCCAUUUCAGCGAUCAAAUGCGCAUUGGUCCGUUUUUGCGUCGAGAGGCGAUUCCAGAUCAAAAUCUUAUGGCUAAAGUAUUGCAUGAAACUGAAAACAACAAUGUUAGUUUUGUGAGUAAAAAAUGGUCUCUACAAAGACUGAAUGCGCUGGCCAAAUGCCCCGCUAGACCUGCAGCACCUUGCCAAAAAUCCAAAGAUAUCAUUCAAAAAUUGAUUGACGUUGAAAACAGAUCUGUCUCAACGCCACCAGAAGAACCACCUCAGAAGGACAACAUAAUUAAUCGCGCAAAUAUGAAUCUAAUGCCGCCUACAAAUCAAACCGAGCAUCCACACACCCCAGAGGAGCAUGUGAAAAUGCACACAUUGGGAGUAUUCUUGCCAAAACGAGAUGGUUAUGUUGUAUCGGUGGACCAAAUUUUAAGUGCCGAAGAUCCUCUAGAUAUUGAAAAGUAUCAACCAUUUGAUUGGUUUAAACCAAUUGAACCAGAGCUCCCCAUGGAUGUGCAUAUAAUACAGAAGGAGGCCUAUGAAGAGAAUACCAGCGAUGGUGAACUAAGUGACGCUGCAACGGAGCUAAGUGACGCUGAGACAAAAUCAACAUUUUCAGCGCGAGAAGCCACAAGCGAAAGCGACGAAGAUAUGCAAAUUUGUGGGAAGAGAAAAAUAUAUAGCGAAGCCUAUGAAAAUAGGAAAAAGUUAAAACUGGCGCAAACUCAAAGUGUGACUAACGACUUAGUAGCAGCUAAGUCAGCAAAUUUGGUAGAUUCGUACGCCAAACCUGCGCGUCACUAUUUUCCUGAAAUUACAGACCAAACAAAGGAGCUACCCGCCACACAUGACAGUGCAGAUAAAACGGGUGUUAGAGUUUGUUCAGUUUUGGAACAGUUAGCAGCGGCAUACCCCACUGAAAGUUUUUCCAUAUUGAUGGAUAAAGAUAAUACAGUGGUCGAAUAUAGAAAAGAGACGAAUGAGAGAAAUAAUGCUGAUGAUAUUAUAACGCCUGAUGCGCCUAAGAUUACAGACGACACGGAAAAGAUAAAUUCCGAUAUAGCUGAUAGGGAAGAUGAUAGAAGUUUCAUUUCCACGUCUGUAGGGUCCUCCUUAACGGCACAACCGAGAAUUACGCAAGAAAAAGCAUUGCAGCAGAAUACCACGACAGCUUCUGUGGAGAAAUUUCUGAAGUUACGAUUGCAACAACAAAACCAGCAGGGUCGUAAUGAGCAAACUGUAACAAAUGCAGUUGCUCUUGCUGAGAGUUGGCAGCAAGUGAUAAAAACAAUAGAAAAAAAACAAAAGACUAACAAAGUGAAGAAUAGCCUAAGCGAAACUGGCACAACUGCACCGAAACUAACGGAGAGUAGUCCAAAUCUUGCAGAAAUCAAGCGCGAAACAAGCGAUAAAUUCGCAGACGUGGUAAGCAGAACUAAUGGAGAAAAAGUGAACGCUGGCGGAAGAGCUGCAUUGCAUAUAAAUGGCAAAACAACAACCGCCGGUGUUGUACCAGCAAAGGCAAACUGUGCACAAGUAGUGGGAAAUUGUGGCAACACUAUAAAAAAAAAUAACAGAGCAGUGACAAGAGCCGCUCAGGAUUUUGAAGAUUUGAGUGGACCUCAAACAACAAACACCGAAGCUGCCAUGUCAAUAUUUGACGGAAAGAUAGAGAUCUUUGAAUCUGAGGCAGAAAGAAUACGUGAAACUCAAUUCGAAGACGAAACAAGCAAGCAAAUAUCAAAAUUGAAAAAUUGGUUGAACACAAACCACAUCGACGCACCUAGCAACCCCACCAAAGAUGUUGUCCAUAACCAGCCACCAACAACUAACAAAAAUCAGCAAGGAAAUGUUAAGCCAUCAAAAGAAAGGAUUUUCAUCAAUUUACGCUAUUGCAUUCUGAAGUGUGAGAGCUUUCGGAAAUUGUACGCCUUUCCCUCGCACGAAGUGGAACCCAAACGUCGGCGCUUCUGGUUUCUAGAACUCGGUUUAGAUUUAGCCUGUGAUUGGUUGAAGCAGUUGUACAUUUGUGAUAAUCAUUUCGAACCCAGUAUGUUGGCUGAGAAUAAUAAACUCAAACAAUGUGCAUAUCCGCGCAAGACAUCAGUGAGCCCAGCAAAAUUGGGCUACCUGAAUGCAGGUACUCAAACCGACGGAAAUGCUGAGCAAAACAACGCGGAAUUGUUGCGAGAGUUGAACGAGCUGAAGGAAUUGGAUAGUCAGCAAGCCAAGGAGAUCACACGUAUUAAAGUUUUGAUACGGCUCAAGCAGGAGGCGGCGCGUUUGAUAGCCGAAAUUGAGAGUUGCAAAGAAGAGAAUUAGAGUUUUACAGGUUGGAAUGUUCUAAUAAAUAUUAUUAUUAUUAUUACAAACUGAAGCUUAUAAUUAAAAUUAUAAGCCUAGUUAGGAAAGCUAUGGCUGCUAAGGCCUUCAGCUUCUUCUUAUGAUGUAAAAUUAGUGCUUAAUUAAUGCUUAAUACUAAGUGCUUAUGCGUCGUUUAGAAUUUCAUUAUAAAUUAGGAGAUACAAUAUAAUUUUUCGACAUGCUUGUUUAAAUUUCGUAAUAUAAUUUUGAUAUUUUUAAGAAAGUUAUAAUUUUUUUAAUAUUAUCGAUUGUGGGGUUGGAAAUGCAUUGAAUGGGAUCGAUGUUAUGGAAUAUAUUUUUUCUUAGUGAGUUGAAGGGAUAACAUUCGGACAUAACGUGAUUAAUGGAGAUCGGGGUGGAGUUACAAAACUGACAUGUUCUGGGGGUAUUGCUGUCGAUAAAGUGAUUAUGGGUUAAUUUUGAAUGGCCCAGACGUACUCGCGUGAGUUUAACAAGGUCCAUUCUAGAAAGUGAAAGGUUAGCGUGUUUUAGGAGGUUGCUUAAAUCAAGCUUUUUUACAUUUUGCGCUUUGUACCAAGUUGAGCAUUUUUGCCAAGUCUCAGAUUUAUAUUGUUUUAUGAAUUUUUUCUUAAGGGGUUACGCCACUCUAGCUACUGUAAAAAAAGCAGUUUUUUAAGGAUUUUUUUUACAUUGAAAGAAAGGUGCUAGGAAAAAACUUUUUAAGUAUAUUAUUAAGCAUGUAUUUAAGUGUAAUUACAAAUAUUUUUAUUGAAAAAUAUUACAAAAUGGCGCCUUUGGAGUGAAUCUCUGAACGCGCCCUGCGAAAAAGGCACUUCACGGCACGCAGUACAACUGACGUAAAUGUCCACCUAAACCAAAUUAAAAAAAUUCUUCUCAAUCGACGUGAGUAUAGCUGUAGAAAUACGUACGGGAUUUUAGAAAUAUUGAAAUUUGUGUAUUUUGCAGAUGUUUGAAGUCAAAAGUAGAAUUUUUCAUCUAAAAUGGAACCGUUAAUUGUUUAUAAAAAUUUUUCUAAUUAAUUAAUAAAAAAAUCCGUACGUAUUUCAGUGCGGAAUAAUGUUCUAAAGAUCCUUGUACAAUUACAAGUGAAAAUAUUAAAAAUUGUUUGUGUUAUGCUGCGUGCAGUUUUGAAAAAUCACGUUUUGAGAUAAACACGGUUUAAAUUUGAAUAGUCGUGUCAGAGACGUCAGAGACGUCAGAGGCGCUCGCGCAAAAGUGCGAAAUAUUAGAGGUAAACAUUUUUUUCACGCAUAGGACUUUUUGUUUUAUAUUCUAAAGAGUUUAAAGCAUCUUUUAAGCAAAAAAAAAAAUUUCGAUAUUUUGAAAAUCCUAGAGUGGCCUAACCCCUUAAGAAAUUCAGCUAUAUCAUUAACAUUUAGAUUAGUAGUUGUUAAUACAGGAGCUAUGGUGGCGUAUUUAGCCGUGCUAUCAGCAAAUUCGUUACCCUUUAUAAGGGCAUGGCCCGGGGACCAUAUCAGUAAAAUAUUUGGGUAUUUUGUUUGUAAAAUACUACGGAUAGAACUGGGAUAGUAAUCAUUGUUUUCGAUAUUGGAUAUGGCAUCGAGAGAUGAUGUAUAUAUGCACAAAAUAGUUAAGACUAAACUUAAGUCAAGUAUUACAUAGUUUUGAACAAAAGAAAAACUUAAUUAUUGCAACGAAA